CAUGAGAUAAAUCUGUUGAGCUCAUCUAAACCGCACAUUUACAACCUGUAAUGCAAUCUGCUUGCUUUCGUUCUUUCGCAGUGACACCAUCUUUCCCCCUUGCUGUAUUUGACAUUAAACCAUCAUGGUGACAUUUUUGAUAAAGGCCUUGUCCAAUGUCUCUGCCUGGAACAUAAGCAACGCUGGGGUGGAUCAAGAGCUACUGUCUGACAGAUGGUGGUGGCCUGGAAAAGACCAUGCUCUUAAAGUUGGAAUCAUCACAGUCCUAGGUUUCCUGAUCAUCUUGGGAAAUUCAUUUGUAUUGAUUGUUAUUGCCUCAUCCGUGUCCGGUUGGUCACGCAAUAGUCGCUACAUUCUCAUUUCUCUGACUGGUACAGACGUCAUGCUCGCCCUGAUUGUAGUACCUCUGAAUUUGUAUGGAAGCUUAACCUUAGAACCUGGGGCAUAUGAUGAUGGGGAGUCACCAAUUGGACCCUACUGUCACAUUGUGGCUUUUAUCAACUCUUCAGUGUUUGCCUCUUCUAUAUAUUCAUUGGCUACUAUCAGCCUGGAGCGUUACGUUGCUGUAUUCUUUCCACUGCACUACAACAGAGUAAUGAGCCGACAUCGGGUCAAGUUGCUUAUUGCUGCAGCCUGGUUGCUGCCACCUAUUUUUCUCUUACCAAUCUCUAUCCCUGGUGGGAGAAUUAUACAAGUCUAUUUUUCUCGGGCCUCACUUAUUUGUAAUCCAGACUAUGCUACUAACGUGGUUUACUCCCUUUUUCUAACAGUUGUAAUAUUUUUUCCAUGCUCCGCUAUAGUGACUUUUGCCAACCUGAGGCUUUGGCUGGUGGCAAGAAAGCAGAGCAGGAGGAUGAGUAUAGGCUGGACAGGGAGAAGCCCACCCUUGGACCUACCAACAGUAUGUAGCAGAGUAACAGAAACUAGAAUUGCUACAAUCAAUGAAAACCUUUGUCCAUCCACGGAAAAUGGAGACAAAGGCCUGCGAAGGGGAGAUGCUGCAUCAAGAGUGCUGGUUCCUGUGGUGAUUGUCUUUUACAUGUGCUGGACACCAUGUAUGGUCACCAUCUUAUACAAUGCGAUAACUCAGGAGAGGGUACCGGAAUGGGUGGAGUUUGUAGCCUUGUGGCUUCCCAGUGGCAAUGGCUUCCUUAACUGCUUUGUCUACUUCUGGAUCAACAAGAGUUUCCGUCACAAAUUCCGAAAACUGUGCCCUUGGUGCAGCGGCUGCAACAGUAAAAGAAGCAGAAAGACUGUACCCACCAGAUGUACCCAUGAACAUUGGAUGAGCAACAGCUCUCCGGCAUUGCAGGAGAGAUCAUGCAGUGUGUCUUCAACGUGCAUACUUCUUAAUCUGUCAGGAGACACGUUUUUAUGAAGGUGUCAUGACUAGCGAGUGACCUGAAUGGUGUUACAUCUGUAUGAUUUUAAUUUUGCAUUUGUUCCACUUGUAAAAUGAGUAGUGCACUUUAAAACACGAGCCUGUGUUGCACCCACUCAUGGACAGUAAAUUGGCCAACUUGCCAAAUAUGUGCAUGAAAGAUUAGACCAAAACAUAUGGGUGAAACUGGCUAUGGCGUUGGAGCAUGAUGUGCUCUAAUGCUUUGUGUUGUGCAUUACAUGUCGGGCAUCUAGUUUGUAAAGGAGAGAAGCAUUGUUCUGUGCCAGUAAUGUCCUCUUGCAAAAAAAGCCUAAAUAUUUUAAUUUUUUUCCCUGCUAUUUCUGGUAGUACUAUCUUGGAUACAUAAAUGUGGUAUACUACAGAAAUCUGUUAGAGAUAUUUUAUUGAGGACUACAGCCUCGUUUCACAUCUGAUUACACUGUACUGACAACAGUUUUAUUCAAUGACCUGAAAUAUGGCCUAUUUCACCAAGAACAUAUGCUUCAAAUCCUAAAUCUGUGAAAAUGUCUUGGUGUUAAGAAUUAUGAGGUUAUGUUGGUGUGGUGGUCAGAUGCAUGGUGGGUUUAUUACUUUUUGUUUUUCAACAUGACUUGGCAUCACAGGGCCUUGGGAAGGUCUGCCCUCUUCAGAUUGAUUUUGAUACAGUGGGAAUCCCACACUGGAAACUUACUAUUUAAAAAAAUAAAUAAAUAAAUUGUGGGGGCAUGCAGCACUUUCCAGAUAAUAAAGCAUCAUUCUUUGGGGGUUAAGUGCGCAAAGCUCAAAAGUAAAUCCAUAGAAACCUUACAUUUGUUUCCAUGGAAAUUGCUGCAGUAGAAUGUAGACCCAGAAAUAUGAAUUGUACAUAACCUCCACUGUUUCUUUUUAGAUUAAGCCAUACUUGGUGGCAAAUAAAUUCAUGUAGGAAAACCCACAUUAUGGAAUCUAUACAGGAUCACUUUUCAUGUCAAGCAAUGAUUUUUGCCCACUUUGACCCCGUAAAGAAGAUCAUUAAUUUACACAAAAUAUCCUUCCAAUAUGAACAUUCACCUCCAUGUUAUAAAUUGCAGUUCUGAGAUACUGUGCAUACCAUAUCUUAAUUCAAAUUGCAUUUAAUAGGCUGAAUUUGCCAAAACAAACAUUUUUUUAUUUUUUUUAAGGUGCUGUGCACCCUCUGACAUCUAGUUGGUUAAUCCGAUUUUAACCCAUUUUUGAAGAGGCUGCAACAAUUUCUGUUGUGGAUCUCUUGCAGUGAAUGAACCAAUGAGCAUUAAGUUAUGGCUUGCAUAUGGCAUCCAUGU